AUGGAAAAGCAUGUCUCCCACGUAGAACAGUUUCUUUAUCAAAUCAAGUGCCGUCUCGCUGCCCCGCAUACUCAAUCGCCAGCCCCGCGUAGCUGUUGUUGCUGUUGUUGUUGUUGUUGUUGUUGUUGUGUUGUUCUCAUAAACCUCCUUUGCCACAGAUUAACUGACGUCAACACUGCAAUUUCCCUCACCCACAACAACAGCUACGCGACCUCCUCACAUCACCAGCAGUUUUUGGGAGUACUAUAUAACCUGCUUCCACGGAGUUCUCAUUGUCUUAGGUACUGA